AUGCAUGCUUGCAUAGAGUCCCGGCUCUGUUCCAGCUCUAUCCGGCACUGUAAGAACUUACGCGGAAUUACUGAUGGAACAAGUGUCGUCGCAAACUGUCGUCGCAGGAGAAGGCGUAUAUUCGUUUGGACAUUUUCACCUGUUGUGUUUGUUGCGGUAACGACGGGAAUCCCGACCCGGAUCUGUUCCAAUGACUGCCUCUGCAGCAGAUUUUCGACUCACAACACGAUACAUAUGUCAGUCGUUUCUUCUCUUACCUUCAUCUCCAACCAACCAAUCCAACGAGAUCGGCGUCCAAUGUCUGAGAAAGUUGUUGGCAUCCUCGGUGUACGGGGUGGCCAGCUGGGCCGCAUGCUCGCGGCCUCAGCCUCGCUGUUGAACGUCAAAGUUAUCAUUCUGGACGCAGGAGAACAUGCCCCAGCCAAGCAGAUCGUGGCCCCGUCAGCGCCGCACCUCACCCACGUCGAUGGCUCCUUUGCGGAUCCGGACAAGAUACGGGAACUCGCCAGCAAGGUCGACAUUUUGACUGUCGAGAUCGAGCAUGUGGAUGCUGCGACGCUGGAGGAAGUUCGGGUUGCCAGCCAGGGCAGUGAACUUGCCAUCCACCCCAGUCCGUUGACCAUCCAAAUUAUCCAAGACAAGUUUUGGCAAAAGCAGCACCUUUCCUCGCACGGACUUCCGGUUUACGAAUUUCUUGAGGUCAAAUCUUCCGUUGAUGCGGUACAUGGAGCAGCCCAGAACCUAGGGCUUCCGUUGAUGCUGAAAAGUCGCACUUUGGCAUACGAUGGGCGGGGCAAUUUCGUCCUCCGUUCUCUCGAUCAGACCGAAGAAGCCAUUUCAGCGCUGGGGGAUCGGCCUCUUUAUGCUGAAAAAUGGGUGCCAUUUGUGAAGGAGAUUGCCGUUAUGGUCGUAAGGACGGCGGAAGGAGAAGUGCAGUCGUACCCAGUCGUGGAAACAAUUCACAAGGAGAACAUCUGCCAUCUGGUGUUUGCGCCUUUGCGUAGCCGUGAUCCUUUGCUCUCGCAGAAGGCUCGCAGCAUAGCCGAGAAGGCUAUUAGAGCUUUCUCUGGCGCAGGCGUAUUUGGGGUUGAAAUGUUUCUCAUGGAAAACGGCGACAUCUUCGUAAACGAAAUCGCACCCCGCCCACACAACUCUGGGCAUUACACGAUCGAGGCCUGCGAAACUUCCCAGUACGAGAACCAUCUGAGGGCAAUCCUCUCACUCCCACUCGGCUCGACGGCGCUCAAGGUCCCCUCCGCCGCGAUGCUCAACCUCAUCGGGCACUCAUCAUCGAUGGAAGAGAUCACUAAGAUCACGAAUACCGCGCUUAACACCCCCGGCGCCUCCGUACAUUUGUAUGGAAAGUCCGAAUGCAGGAAGGGCCGGAAGAUGGGGCACAUCACUCUCGUUGCCGAGUCGGACGCCCAGCUGCGAGCGCGUUUGCGUCCGUUGUUGCAGUCGCUACCUGAGAGCUCGUCAGAGGAAGUCGACCGCCAUGCGCCUGCCCUUGCCACUCCAGGAUCUGGGUUCUCAGACGCUAGUCCUCUCGUCGGCGUGAUCAUGGGCUCGGACUCGGACCUUCCUGUGAUGCUACCCGCUGCUCGGAUCCUGGACCUCUUCGGGAUCUCAUACGAGCUGACGAUCGUCUCUGCCCACCGGACGCCUGACAGGAUGGCCGAAUAUGCAAGGUCAGCAAGUACCAGAGGCCUCCGGACGAUAAUUGCAGGUGCUGGUGGGGCGGCUCAUCUUCCUGGAAUGGUCGCGGCAAUGACCGCGUUACCCGUCAUUGGCGUGCCGGUGAAGGGAAGUACACUUGACGGUGUAGAUUCGCUGCAUAGCAUUGUGCAGAUGCCACGUGGAAUCCCUGUGGCGACUGUGGCGAUCAAUAACGGAAUGAAUGCAGGAUUACUCGCAGUUCGCAUCCUCUCAGCGGGUAUCCCGAGACUUAUCGACGCUAUAAAUGCAUACAUGCAGAACAUGCAGAACGAGGUGCUCACAAAGGUUGAAAAACUGAAGGAGGUCGGCUGGGAGAAUUAUCAAGUGAAACGAACAUGA